AUGGAUGCGUUGGGUGGAGGUGGUAAUGGCUGGAUUUGGGGAAUGCUGCCAUUUCAAUCUCAACAACCAAGGAGUAGAAGCAGAAACAAGAAAUCUAAAUCCUCCGACUCAGUGGAGGCAACCGGAGGAGCCGGUUACCGGUUCCCCCUUAAGCAAGCUGCGACGGCUGCAUCUCUAGCUCUUGCCGGCGACACCAUUGCUCAACUCCGAGUCCGAUGGGUCAAGAACAAAGCUAAUUCACCACAUAGUAUUCAUGAUAAGGAAAAUGUGCCUAUAGUGUUGAGCCAGAUAGGGUUAUUUAAGUACUGUGGACUUUAG